GUAAGUAUGCUGUGCAUUUAAAACUUCAGCAGGAAACUUGCAGUAGUCUCCAAGCAGGAAUAGAUUUGUAACAAUGGGUUGUAAUCAGCCUUCCUUCUAAGGAAAAGCUGAGAACCUUCUCAUUUUACCUCAUGAAAAGUAAGCUAUGAGGCAACUUUUGGCAAACAUCUAUUAACUGGGUGAAAUGGGCCUCUCGCCCGAGAUUUUACUGCAGCUGCGUCUCUCCAGCACAACCAGCUCUUUCCUCUGCAGCUGAUUGGCUCUGGAAUGUGGCCAGAAACCUACUUCCUGCAAUUAAAGGAGUCAGGCCUCUAACUGCUGAUCUGUUUUCUUCUCUUCUGAGUGAUGGCGCUGACCAUUUUUAUCCUCCGGCUGGCCGUCUGCAUCCUGGCAUUUCCCGUGUACCUGCUGGACUUCCUGGGCCUGUGGAACUGGAUAUGCAAAAAAUCGCUCCCCUACUUCUUGGCAAGGUUUACUGUGAUGUACAACGAACGGAUGGCGAGCAAGAAGCAGGAGCUCUUCAGCAAUCUACAGGAGUUCGCAGGCCCCUCCGGGAAGCUCUCCCUGCUGGAGCUGGGCUGCGGCACAGGGCCCAACUUCAAGUUCUACCCGCCUGGAUGCCGGGUGACCUGUAUUGAUCCCAACCCCAACUUUGAGAAGUUCUUGAUCAAGAGCAUUGCUGAGAACCGACACCUGCAGUUUGAGCCCUUCCUGGUGGCUGCCGGGGAGGACCUGCACCAGGUGGCUGACGACUCCAUGGAUGUGGUGGUCUGCACACUGGUCCUGUGCUCCGUGAAGAACCAGGAGCGGAUCCUCCAGGAAGUGUGCAGGGUGCUGAGGCCGGGAGGAGCUUUUUAUUUCAUGGAGCAUGUAGCAGCUAAGCCUUCAACCUGGAAUUACUUCUGGCAACAGGUCCUGACUCCUGUCUGGUACCUUCUGUUUGAUGGAUGCAACCUGACCAGAGAGAGCUGGAAGGCCCUGGAGUGGGCCCGCUUCUCCAAGCUGAAGCUGCAGCACUUACAGGCCCCCCUGUCCUGGGAGCUCCUGCGCCCUCACAUCUACGGAUAUGCUGUGAAAUAGAAGUUGAAACCUGAAGGGCUCGAAUAAUUUAAGGUUUGGGUUUUACACUUAAAAUGCUAAUUGGGGGACUUCCCUCAUGGUGCAGUGGUUGAGAGUCUGCCUGCCAGUGUGGGGAACACAGGUUCGAUCCCUGGUCCGGAGGAUCCCGCGUGCCGUGGGGCAACUAAGCCCAUGUGCCACGGCUGUUGAGCCUGUGCUCUGGAGCCCACGAGCCACAACUACUGAGGCCAUGGAUACAACUGCUGAGGCCCGUGUAACUAGAGCCCCUGCUCACCACAGCUAGAGAGGGCCUGCACACAGCAAUGAAGACGCAACACAGCCAUACACACACACACACACACACACACACACACACACACACACACACACACACACAACUAAUUGGGAGAAGGGAACCCCCUUUUUAAGGUAAAUUUGAAUUUCAUCACUAAAAGUUUAUGUUAUAACCUAUUUAGCUAUUUUCUAUUGUCUGCCAAAGAAUCAAAAACAAAACAAAACAGCUUUGAACUCUCCCUUAAAGGAAACAAUGGGCUUUCAUAAUUGAAGUCCACCAUUAUCCUCAAACCUUACUUUAUUCAGUAACUUCAAAUUUUUUCUGUCUUAUUUAAAUUAUUACCCAACAGAUUUUAAUUUUACCUUCUCUUUGAGAGGUUGAUGCUAAUUAGCAGUUAAUCACUCAAAAGAAGACUUUGAAGAGGGAGACGUGAAAAGAUCUUUUUCUAUAAAAUUAAUUCAUUUUUUUAUUUAUCUUUGGCUGCGUUGGGUCCUCGUUGCUGUGCGUGGGUUUUCUCUAGUUGCGGCACGCGGGCUUCUCAUUGUGGUGCCUUCUCUUGUUGCGGAGCACAAGCUCUAGGUACACAGGCUUCAGUAGUUGUGGCUCACAGGCUCUAGAGCACAGGCUCAGUAGUUGUGGCGCACAGGCUUAGUUGCUCCGCAGCAUGUGGGAUCUUCCUGGACCAGGGCUCGAAUCCAUGUCCCCUGCAUUGUCAGGCGGAUUCUUAACCACUGCGCCAGCAGGGAAGUUCCAAAAAAAUCUUAAGAAUUCACAAACUAAAUAAAGAAAUACUGACUAGUUGAAAACUCCAAACCUAAACAGCACAGAUUUUUUUUUUAAAGAAAUCUGAAUCAGGGCCUCCCUGGUGGCGCAGUGGUUGAGAGUCCGCCUGCCGAUGCAGGGGAUGUGGGUUCGUGCCCCGGUCCGGGAAGAUCCCACAUGCCGUGGAGCGGCUGGGCCCGUGAGCUGUGGCCACUGAGCCUGCGCGUCCGGAGCCUGUGCUCCGCUUUGGGAGAGGCCCGCGUACCGCAAAAAAACAAAAAAGAAAAAAGAAAUCUGAAUCUAUUUGUUGUCCUUAGUAUCAUUGGGCUGGCUUUCAAAAUUAAUGUACCAGGAUUCCACACCUAGUUCUGCCCAGCUUUGUUAUGUUUUUUAUUCUGGUAUUGCACCAGAGUUUGUUUCCCUGCAUUCCAGUCUUCAAUUCUUAAGAUGAAGUUUGUACUUGACACUUCAGUAUAUCCAUAAAACUAUAUGAAGCAGUUAGAGUUCUUGGGUUCAUUUUCCUUAUUAUCUAACGUAUACUUUGCUGAAUGUAGUAAAUUGCAGGCAAAGAAAAGGCCCACUGUAAUUAGAGAAACCUUGAAUAACUAGAUACGCUUUGUAAGAGCCGCCUCAAAAUAGGCAAGCUGUGAGUCUGUAAAGAGGUAGAUAAAUACUGUUCGGAUUAGUCUGAUCAAAUUUCCACUCUGGUCUCAAGAUGAUUUCUUUGUUCCCUGUAACCAUGGAAACCUUGGGAAAUCAUCACAAGUGUUGUGAAAACAAGUUGGUCAAUAAGAGGACUUAGAAUUUUCAGCAAUAGUUUGCAUGCAUUUUAAUAAAUUUAGAAUAUUUUCUGAGAUGAUUUUGCAAAGAGACUACUUUAAAUAUCAAAUCAAUAAACUCACAUACAUUUUAGGAAUGGAAAUAAAAUUAAUGGUUUAUAUCUUU